CGCCCCGCCGCCGCCGCCGCUCCAACUUCGCGGCUGAGCCCCGCAGGCUGUCAGGAGAAGGAAUUACCCAAUCAAAAAUGUAGUGGCUGCAUUUCUCCGGCAAAAGUUUCUCGUGUCAUGAAAAUGGCUGGCAGAUCGAAAGCUUCGGGGAGCUGAAUCGGCUUCACUUCAACUCCCUGAACCACCAUCAGAGGCAGGAUCGCUCUCCCCCUCCGCCGGCAGCAUGGAGAGCGUGCGUGAGCUCCAGGACCCGCUCCUGGCCAAGGCCCACGGGCACCUCCGUGGCACCUACUCCUACCACCAGCAUCACAGCCAGGACUACCCCAGCCACCGCUGCCAAGGGAAACUGUACUCCUACAUCUUCCAGAACACGGGCGGUGCCAGGACUCACCAGCUGCUGGACGCCAGUUCCCUGCAGCUGGCUGUCGAAGCCUUGUACGGCCCCAACUUCAUCCUCGUGAAGGAUGAGACCGCUCUCAAAGCCAAGGACAGCAAGGGGGAAAGCUGUGAGACCACUUUCACGGAAAGCAAAGAGGCUCCGUCUGAAGGUCCUGACGGGCACGACGCGCAAGGGUCACGCCUGGUAGAAAGCGACAUCCGCAUCCAAACGGUGUCCUACGAGGUGGAGGAGGAGGAGCUGCAGGAGUAUGAGAGCGACUCCUCCAGUGACAGCGAAAGCGAGGACCAUUUCCUAAUGCUUCCUCCACGGGACCACCUGGGCUUGGCCCUGUUCUCCAUGCUGUGCUGCUUCUGGCCCCUGGGGAUUGCUGCCUUCUACUUCUCCCAAGGGACCAGCAAGGCUGUCUCCAAAGGAGAUUUCCACCUGGCCAGCUCAGCUUCCCGCCGAGCUCUCUUCCUCGCGGCGCUCUCCAUAACCAUCGGCACAGGCGUGUACGUCGGGGUGGUGGUGGCACUCAUCGCUUACCUCUCCAAAGGGGGCCACGUGUAGCUGCCGCCUGCACACCAGCGCCGUCCCCAGCUGCCAGCCCUCCUGGGAUCAAGCUUUCCUGCGGAGCACAGGGUGCCAGUGCUUGCAAGGGCUACUCACACGGCAGGACCCAGGCUUGGAUGCCCUGUGCAGGCUCUUUCCCUUUUCAGACUAACAGCAGAUCCUUGGAGAUAUUCAAAAGCCACCUGGAUAUGGUCCUGGGCAACCUGCUCUAGGUGGCACUGGUUGGGCAGGGGGUUGGACCAGAUGGCCUCCUGAGGUCCCAGCCAGCCUCAGCCAUCCUGUGAGUCUGUGACACCCAUUCUGCCCGGUGCUGUGGGGUGACACCAUCCAACAGCAGGGAACUGAGCAGCGGGCUGCCUGCUGGGACCAGGAGGAGCACGGUGGAAGACGUGCAAGAGCGAUGCCACGUGCUGCUGCCAGCCUGGUGCCACCAUCCCUGCUGCAGGGCCAUGGCAUCCCUGCAUCCACCGGGCAAUGACCGCUCUUUCUUCUGGGCAUCCGGGGCCCAGAUGUGGUGUCAGGACUCCCAUGAUGGGGACAACGCUCUCAUUUUGGUGCCAUGGGUGGCACCUGACCCUUCAGCUGCAGUGAAGGAGGAGGACACAGCAUGGACACAACCAAAAGGUCCUGAGGUGCUUUCCGCAUCCCCCUCGGGAUGGAUCCGUGGUCACCAGCCCAUCCCAGACAAAAAACCAAGGAGAAA